GUCUAUCUAUAUAUAUAAUAUAAGACCAUGUCGCCCACACCCCAUCCCCCACCCCAAUUCUACCCUACAUGUCAUAGUGUGAAAUCUGCGAAUUUUUGAAAUUUAAUCACUAAUUUCCUUGUUAAAUACAUCAUCUGUAGAAAGAUUCCACAAUGAAUACUACAUGAAGGGGUCAUAGGGUGCCCAUGAAUCCCUUUCAUUUAAAUUAAAAAAUUGAAACCAUAGAAAUCUGACUGUUGAUAAAGUAUGAAGAUUCAUUUCAAGACUUAAAUUGAUCCGUAAAGAAAAGUUUUUUUGUUUUCGUUCCUCAAUGAUUGCUUUAAAACAUCACAGAAUGAUGACCUCAUAAAGAUGUCAUGUAACGUCAUAGUGAGAGAUUCGUGUGAAAGGACCCCCAAUGACGAUACGCCCCUGGUCAAGCUACACCUCGGCAACGCUUCUCGCCAGCUCGUUCUAGAUACAUCGUGGAGACGCUCUAAAUGUCGAGCUGGCAUAUUUGUUCUUCAUUUUUGCACACAUAUUAAACAUGUUUUACGUAACUCAAUCGUCACAAAUGACAUGAGGUGGCCACAUGCUUUAAUUUAUAGUCACGGUAUCUUUUAGCAACUAAUGCUGUAGUACCGACCGACACUGCUGUAGGCGAGCAUGCAAGCGUCUAUGAGUUUGCAGUUUCAGCGAUCAUGUAGAAAUACAAAAAAAAAAAAAAACAAAAAAGAAAGAAAGGAAAAGAAAAGAAAAAAAAAAAAGAAAAGAAAGAAUACAUGUGUUAAUUUCGAAAGGAUGAUGCAAAACCAGCAAGCAUUGAUUAAACAUCUUUGGAAUGCCACUGCAUCGCUUCAUCCCGUAUUUCAAACCAGAUUUAAGCUUCACGGGUUUCAAGUACCGAAACUGAAAAAAGAAUAAUAGUUCUCGGAAUUCUUGCUUAUCAAUCGAAAAAUGUGCUGAAACGACAGUUUUGCUAUCAGAGUUGGCUACUUCCGCAAAAUUGCUCUCUCAACAGCGCUUUCAAUUGCUCACUUUAAUUUAGCGAAUUCUCGAGAAGUACUGUAAAAUAAAUCCUCCCGUACAGUGCUAUGUACAGUUUGGAGUAACAUGAAUCUGAACCACGAUGUUUCCGUAUCUCGUGGGCUUCCUGUGCAUUAUUGAAGCAAUCGUUUCUGAUUGGCUGAGAGAGCAAUGUGUUAGUUAACUCCAUCCGAUAAGGCAUUCGUACGUGUGUAUUUAUUUGAAGAAGAGGUAGUUAGUAAUUUCACAGCCGUUCGGACGAAGACGAACUCUGCUUAGCUUUGUGAAGGAGUUCUGACCGAGUUCUUGGAAAAGUCGCGGGGAAAUAGGCGAUGGCUGAUGACAACGACUCGAACAUUGAACCUACGAUUGGCAUCGGCGAAAAACAUUACAAAACUAUUUUAGAAGACGUCAGAGGCACUACAAGAAGUUCCUGUUUUUUCAACGUUGGUGGUGAAGAAACAGAUUUUAAUCCAGAAAUUCGAAGUAUGUUCCCAGGUUACCCGAUUCCAUAUGGAAGUCAUGGUGACUUUCCUCCACAAACUACAGGUCCACCAGCAUACCCACAGAAUAUUCAAGGACCCAUGUACACUAAUGUGAACACUGCUGGGCGUCGGACACCAGUGUCUCCUGUAUCAAACCAGUCUGAUAUGCACUAUGAUAAUAAAAGUGAUCUCUCGCCUGGCCAUUCGCCCUACAACUCCCAUCUACCCACAAUUCCUAGCACUACUGAAUACCCAGGUGAGAUGGGCUUUGCAAUCUCUUUUGGCCCAGCAACUGAGUCAGCAUCUAAGUCAGCAACCUGGACAUACUCAGAGAGCUGCAAGAAGCUUUACGUAAAUCUUGCAAGUUUUUGUCCUAUCAAGUUCAAAACAGACUUAGGGCCACCACUUGGCUGUUACUUGAGGGCUGUAGCUGUGUUCAAGGGUUCAACUAACUUGCAUGACAUUGUCAAGAGAUGCCCUAACCACAGCCAGACAUCUGGUGAUAGUAGUGACAACAACCUUCACUUCAUCCGAAGCAACAACCCAGCAGCACAUUACCACACAUGUCCUGAGUCAGGUCGCCACUCUGUGGUCAUUCCAUAUCACGGCCCUCAAGUUGGAACAGAGUAUGUCACAGAGAUGUUUGCCUUCAUGUGUUUCUCUAGUUGUCCUUCUGGUCCAAGCAGAAGACCUGUGGAAAUCAUAUUUACUUUAGAGAAAGAUGGUAUCACACUUGGCCGCCGUGUAGUGGAAAUCAGAGUUUGUGCAUGCCCAGGGCGUGACCGGAAGUCAAACGAAAGUUUAUCAGGGGUAUCAUCAACUUCUGCCUCAUCAAAGAGAAAAAAAGGGCAGGGAAAGUCUUCCAAGAAGCAAAGGGCAACAUCCAGUGGAGAUGAAGGUGACAAGGAAUGGACGAUCACGGGAAAGGAUAUCCGUGUUUAUAACCUUUUGAUGACGAUGAAAGAACAGCUCGAGAGCCAGUUCAUGGAGGAAACACCUAUACACCACUCGGAAGAUGAAGACCCCGUGUUUGGUCCCAGUACCUCUACGUCUACUGCUACGUCGUAUCCAAACCUGCGAUACAAAAGAGUGGGACAUUCUUCCAUGUAGAAUAUUAAAGCACCCAAAGCCAGUACAACGCUAUAAAACAGCUGGUAGGAAAUAUUCGCUCUGUGAGGUGGGCACAUGAAACUAGCUUGGAGCUGGUUUGUCUACGCAUUGAUUCUACAAUGCUCUGCUAGGCUUCAGUGUUGUCAGCUGAAAUGCAUUGAUUCUCCAAUGCCCACAUUUGCUUGCCAAAUUAUCGCUGCAUUGAUUGUACAGUGCAUGGCAAAUGAAUUAGAAAAUGCGCAUUGUGUGCGCUAAUUUUGGUGUACUGUUUUAAAGCGCACCUUUGGCGUAAUUUUAAGGCGCUGUCAAACGCUGUAGAAAGCUUGAUUAAAAGCGUUAAUUGCAGCUUAUUUAAAUCAUGGCCGACUUCUCAGUUGAUCGAACAUUCGAAUAGCGAUGGAUUAGGAAACUGAAUCUUUGAUUCUGCAGAGGAUCAGUCAAAAUAAUAAGAAUAUACAUUUCGAAUACUUGAUCUUUGGAGAAGAAGGCAUGAUGAAUUGAAUGGAGACGUGAUCUGCUUGCCUAUAGAUAGUUGUUUUGAGCAGUCAAUGCAUCGCUCAGCACUUAACAUCACGCUGAUAGGCACUAAGAAUCAAAUUACUUAAUAUGAUUGCAGUAGUUUUCUUGGAGUUGCUUUGCUCUUUUGCAGUUCUGUCAGAGUGUUCACGAUCAUUAGGAUUGCAUUCAAAGGUGUAACAGCAGAGUCGCUAACUUAGGAUCCAGUUAAAUAAUCUUAGGAUCAAGUCAUUCAGUUCUGGAGGAGUUUUUGGUGAGCACUUCAAAUAUGGCUGCAAAAGAGUCAAGUCACGUAAAUGACGUAAAACGCUUAAAACGCGAUCAAAAUUAGGGUAAACUAGGUCAUUGAAGGGGGUCCAUUUCUACUGGGCCCAUCCUGUCACUGUUCGUGUUUAUUGUACUUGUCUUUGGUUGUACAAGGCUUCUAAAAGCAUUCGUUUUUGCAAUGCCACUUUGCUGCGUACUUUGGUUGAACAAAGCAAACGCAUGUUAUUCGCUCUACACUGAUUGUAACACCGCUUUGGUUUUGCAGAGCUUCAGUUACAGCUUUUUAAUUAGUUUUGUUCUUAUCCAGGAAUACGUGGUAUACACCCUAGGCUAGGCGAAUAUAUCUUCAAAAGUUUUAUCACCAUUUUACUAUACUAAUAACUUCAUCUGUCUAAUGUAUAUUCGAUGGGUAAAAAUCUCGGAGUCCACGUCUAUUUCUGCAUGGGAACAGAACGAUAUAUAUUUUUUUUAAAUUCGCUUUUGAAUUUAUUAGCACUUUAUCGCCGCGGGGACAGACAGCGAACUCUAAAGUUCGUAGUCUAUGUCAGCACGGUGAGCGAAAUCCACCUAUUCACAGGUGAACAAUCGGAUGUUUUCUUUUUAAGUUAUGAUUACCUUUUUUGAUUUUUCGAAUUGUUGUUUAUUUAUCUAUUAUGUCAUAUUACGGUAGUUUGCAGCUUAUAAAUCCUUUUGUCAUAGAUCGUUUGCCAAAAUGGGCGCCGCUGAUUAGCAAAAUUUUACUUUUCAAUGUAAACGACAAAAUGAACAAUGAAAUAUAUACUUAUGAGGAAAACGUGAAACUUGAUAUACAUUUCUCUGUAAAUGUUUCCGUUUUGAGAAACUCAUAUCUCUGCUGGUUUUUAUUGUAACUUACUAGGAUUUUAUGCAGCUUCUAAGAGAAGUAUACUCUUAAGUAUUUAAGGGGUCAUUUUGGUGUUCGAGUGCAAAACAAUUUAUGCUAAUGAGCAGCGGCUAUUUUGUCAAGCGGUUUAUUGAUUUCUACCAUAACGAAUGAGUUUCAAGAGUUAGCAAAAGGAAUUUAUUUAGUCCCUAUUUACAGCAUUUUCCAUUGUUUUGCAACUGAUAAUGUAAUUUGUUUGGAGGGUUUGUCUCUGUCCUUUUUCUGUUUUUUUUUUUUUUUUUGCUCUUUGUUUACCUCAGUAGGACUAUAAGACCUAUAAGCUGUGAACUAUUACCGUAUUUUUUGAGGGAGAGUCGCGGAAAACGAAUCAAAAUGAUAAGACUUCCUUUUUGUUUAAGUUUGUUGGCAUAGAUCGUAGCUCUUUCCUUCUAUUUGGUUUUCUAUCGUAGGCUCGCUGUUAAGUUGUUGACACUCGUCUGCUGUUUUAUAUUGUGUUAGUGUAUUAUGAGCGAGCAUACAAUAUGAAAUUACGUCGUAA